GACGGGGAAGUAUAAAGCAGGCUCGGUCGGCAAAGGCUGGAGGAGUCACAUGUUUUCAUGCUUUACUUCACUUUUUCUUGAAUGGGGGAAACGUCACAGCGCUGCUGUGGAGCCGCCGGAGCGCACAGGCUGCGCGCUUUGGCGCACGGAGGCUGCGGGAGGACGCACACAUCUAUGAUGGCUCACUGACAUUUUAAAUGCUGCUACAAAAAAAAUAAUAAAUAAUAUGAGGAUAACAAAAAUCAACACGAUCGGACGAUAUAUGUGUAUUUUUGUUAUUAUUAUUUUUAUUUUUUGGUCGGAGUUGGAGAUAUUUGGAUGGAAUUAAGUUCUUCAGGACGCAAUGGAGCAUCGUUUGAAAACGAGACAUCUGCUGUUUGUGAAGGGAUUGAAUCCUGAAAUUAAAGAGGCUUGGCUCCUGCAAGAGAUAGAAGCUCAUGUCAUUACACCGAGGCAAUAAUUACCACUACAGAAAUCAUGUCAAACCUAAUUUGCAAGGUCAGGGAGCAAAUGUCCGGAUCAGAAAGGUGUCUUAUCCUUCAUUAUUUAACGAAUGAAGCCUGGUGGAAUGCAGUUCUAUGGAUGUGAUGAAACUCUAGCCUUCAGUAUGGCUUAACUGAGCACAGGGAUGGAUCUCAUGAACAUUACAACUGUCAUCGACAGCGGCUUUUUGGACGAGGUGCCAUCCAGCCGUGUCCUCACUGGUUGUUUCCUCUCCCUGCUCAUCCUCACCACCUUGUUGGGGAACACUCUGGUUUGUGCAGCCGUCACCAAGUUCCGCCACCUGCGAUCUAAAGUCACCAACUAUUUUGUGAUCUCUCUGGCCGUGUCCGACCUGUUGGUGGCCAUCCUGGUAAUGCCGUGGAAGGCGGUGACGGAGAUUGUUGGAUUCUGGCCGUUUGGCUCCUUCUGUGAUACGUGGGUGGCUUUUGACAUUAUGUGCUCUACUGCUUCCAUUUUGAACCUUUGCGUGAUAAGUGUGGACCGUUACUGGGCCAUCUCUAGCCCCUUUCGAUACGAGAGGAAGAUGACGCCCAGAGUUGCUUACGUGAUGAUCAGUGUGGCCUGGACUCUGUCUGUCCUCAUUUCCUUCAUCCCGGUGCAACUCAACUGGCACAAAGUCCAGGCGAAGUCGUUCAGUGGGGCAAACGCUACAGUUUAUUCCAGUCCGGAGAACUGCGACUCCAGCCUGAACAGGACAUACGCCAUUUCCACCUCUCUCAUUAGCUUUUACAUCCCUGUAGCCAUCAUGGUGGCCACCUACACCCAGAUCUACCGCAUUGCCCACAGGCAAAUCAGGAGGAUCUCUGCUCUGGAGCGAGCUGCCGAAAGCGCCAAGAACAGACAUGACAGCGUGGGCAGAGGCUCCAGCAUCACCGAGUCAGAGAGCUCCUUCAGAAUGACAUUCAAGAGGGAGACCAAGGUGCUAAAGACCUUGUCUGUGAUCAUGGGGGUGUUUGUAUGCUGCUGGCUCCCAUUCUUCAUCCUCAACUGCAUGGUGCCGUUCUGCGAACAGUCCAGCGGAGGGGAAGGAUUCUCCUGCAUCAGCCCCAGCACGUUCGAUGUGUUCGUGUGGUUUGGUUGGGCCAACUCGUCCGUCAACCCCAUCAUCUAUGCCUUCAACGCCGAUUUCCGCAAAGCCUUCUCCAUCUUGCUGGGCUGUCACCGACUCUAUCCAGGAGGUCAGAACAUGGAGACAGUCAGUCUGAACGAAAUGAGUCAUGACUCCCUCACACCUCUGACUCAUCCUUCAUGUUAUAAGAGAACAAGCGUUCCUGUUGAAUCCGGUUUAAUCGAAUCACAACUAGGGCACCGCUCCCCGCGUCUUCACGGCACGGAAGAACGAAGGUGACACCCCACCA